AUGACCCAAAAUCACCAUGGCUCGUCGACUGCGACUCAAGAGCAUCACCCCAAAGUCGUGGGCAAAAAGAUUGCCGAAAAGGCCGUCCAAUUCUCCCAACAAGCCGAGAAGCUCUCUCACCAACAUCCAACCGACGAAGAUCCCGGCGUUGCUGUCGAAGCGCAGUUCGUCACGCCUCAUGACCCUGUUAUAAUUACUUCAGAUGGAAAUCGACUCCCCGGCGUACCACUGCAGGAAGCUUAUAAGCUCAACGUCCUUCGCGAAGAGCUCCAGGGCAAACCGGAAAGCGUUGAGAUUAAGGAGGGCGUCGAGACCAAGGAAAAGAUAUCCAAUGUCGAAAACGCAGACCCAGAGCAACGAAAAGUUGUUCAGCUGUCAUCGGAACAGAAUGGCGCUUCCCUGCAGAAGCCCAACAGCAAUAGUACCUUGCGGAAACAGACACCUCCAUCCCAUACCAACCCUCUCUUCCCUCCAUUGCCACUUUACGGACCUCCCAGCACGAUGCGCAAUAUUCAAUGCAUGUUCUUUCGAAUUAGCGCAUUCUUCCUGAGCCUGGCAUUUCUCGGUGUUAUCGUUUUGGGCUCGUUGUUCACAUCAAUACCUUUGGUGUACAAGAACAUUUGGUACCGAUUGACUUUUCGUGAUCCCAAAUCGGAUAGGCCAUUCUACGAAGAGGAGAAGCGUAGAGCACGAGCAAGAAAAGAGCAAGAAAAGGCCUGGAAACAAAAGUCACCCAAUGGACCGACAUUGGACAGGGCUGAAAACGCUGAAGAAUUCCCACCAACCGAAGGUGGUCCAGAUCCGAUCAUCUGCGACGUUGCAUACUAUGCACGCAGAGUUGGUCUAGAUGUUGAGACAUUCGAGGUUCAGACCGAAGAUGGUUUCAUCAUUGACUUGUGGCAUGUUUACGAUCCGAAGGAGUAUACCGAGCUAGAAGAGAGCUUGAGAUCCGACCAGGGCCCCGAGGUCUUCCAGCGACCGAGAAAGCUCAAGAAUCCGUCACAAAAGCCUAAGUUCCCUGUAUUGCUCAUGCAUGGCUUACUGCAAAGUUCAGGCGCCUAUUGCUGCAACGAUGAUGAGUCUCUUGCUUUCUGGCUCUGCAAGUCCGGCUAUGAUGUGUGGCUUGGCAACAAUCGUUGUGGGUUCGAGCCCAAGCACGCACUGCUCGAGUACAGCGACCCAAGGAUGUGGUGUUGGAAUAUCAGACAAAUGGGUGUUUUCGACCUACCUGCAUUGACAUCACGAAUCAUUACGGAAACGGGUUUCGAGAAGAUCGGACUGAUCUGUCACUCCCAGGGAACAACUCAGACGUUUGUUGCUCUGGCAAAGGAGCAGCGACCUGAAUUGGGCGAGAAGCUCACCGUAUUCUGUGCCCUCGCCCCAGCCGCAUAUGCUGGUCCUCUCAUUGGCAAAAUGUACUUCAAGUUUAUGCGAAUCAUCUCGCCUGGUCUGUUCCGACUCAUGUUUGGCAUCCACGCAUUUAUCCCCUUCAUGAUGCAAAUGCAUAAGAUACUAGAUCCACGCCUGUACGGCUGGCUCGGCUACAAGGUGUUCUCGUUCUUGUUCGACUGGAGUGAUGCUCGCUGGGAUCGUGGCCUCCGCAAUCGCAUGUUCCAAUUCGCGCCUGUGUAUGUGAGCGCAGAGUCGAUGCGAUGGUGGCUGGGCCGAGAAUGCUUUGCCCAGCACAAGUGCAUCUUGUCUACCAAAGAGAUUGUGAGGGCCGAGGAGCACAUGGACUCCAAGGGUGAUGGGAAAACAAAACACCCCAAGGGAGCUUCGGCAUGGUACAAUGAGAAAGCACCGCCAAUGGCUUUGUGGGUUUGCGGCAACGAUGACCUCGUUGACGGAAAGAAAUUACUCCGCCGAUUUGAGAAGGGCCGCGAGCCACAUGUGAACCUGGUUCAUAGCAAGGUUAUCCCCGAGUACGAGCACUUGGAUGUCAUCUGGGCUAUGGAUGCGGUCGACCAGGUAUUUAAGGAAGUUCGAGAGGUACUGUGGAAGACAUGCAACGCGCGUGAUAUUUGCCGCGUCCCUGAAGGAUGCGAGGCAGUACAGCCACAAAAGGAGAAGAUGGCUGUCAAAGAGAACGUGGUAGACGACUCCCAAUCAAGCAGCAGCGGCGAGUUAUAG